GCAUUCGUUGCCUUAUGUAGAUAUGAAAGUUCUUGAAAUUAAGGAUAAAGCAAGAAAAUUGAACAUGGAACCCCUAAGAAGCAACCUCUCCAAAUAUUAUAUCCUGAGCCAGUCAGAAGUGUGUAAAGAGAAGAACAUCUUUUUGCUCUCUCUCGUCUUCAGUAGCCCAGGAAAUGAGACGCGGCGGGACCUCAUCAGGAAAACCUGGGGCAACGUAACCAGUGUCCAAGGGCAUGCCAUUCUUACACUGUUUGCGUUGGGAAUGCCUGUUCUGCUGACUACUCAGCAAGAGAUAGACAAAGAGGCCCAUAAAAAUAAGGAUAUAAUCGAAGGAGUCUUCUUAGACACGUCUGGGAACCAAACCCUGAAGAUCACGGCCAUGACGCAGUGGGCUGUAACUUUCUGUCCUAAUGCUCUGUUCAUUCUCAAGGUGGAUGAAGAGGUGUUUGUCAACCUACCAGCCCUGAUGGACUAUCUUCUCAAUCUGAAAGAACAUCUUGAAGAGAUUUACGUAGGAAGAGUUAUCCAUCAGGAGACACCUAACCGAGACCCUCGCAGCCAAGAAUUUGCUCCUCUUAGUGAGUACCCAGAAAAGUACUACCCAGAUUACUGCAGUGGUGAGGCCUUCAUAAUGUCCCAGGCUGUGACUCGGAUGGUGUAUGUUGUUCUCAAAGAAGCACCCAUGACGGUACCUGCUGAUGUGUUUGUAGGAAUUUGUGCUAAGUCCAUUGGUCUUGUACCCAUCCACAGCUCAAGAUUUUCUGGGGGAAAGCAUAUCAGUUACAACAGAUGUUGCUAUAAAUUCAUUUUCACAUCCUCCAAAACUACAGAUGCUGAAAUGUCCCUGGCAUGGAAAGAAAUCAGUGAUGGAAAUGAAUGCACACUGUUUGAGACUUACUAUGGGCUCAUUUCCUGCAAGCUUCUGACAUACAUUGGCAAUUUUAAGCAUCUUCAUGUGACCUCCAUCAAAAACAAUGCCUUGUAUUUUGGUGAUUAGGUUUCCUAGGUCUAUUCUUUUUUUUUUAAUGUCUAUUCUUUUCAAAUGACUUUUUAGCCUGCUGUAGAAAGCAUCUCCCCUUCCUUCUAUUUGAUGUAAUCUCUCUGAAUCUCUCAUCGGACUUUACAAGCUGAAAGAUGUUCUCAGAAUCCCGAUGGACCAGAUA